GGCCGUGCUUGUGCUCUGUGUCUUCGUCGUCAUGCCCAGGAUGUUCGGGGGAGGAGGCGGAGGGCGGCCCGGCCGGUCUCCGCGGGGCGGCAAGGCCGGCCCCGGCCAUUACGAUCCCCGUCAGCACGGCAGAGGUAGUCCUCAGACAGUUUAUCAAGUUCACCGGAAUCCAGGGAAUUCUGACAGUAAUACUUACCAGAGUAUUCAACAGAUGAGAAAUGCAAUGGAAAAAGAGAUAAAAAAUGAGAGAACAAGAGGAAAUGGUCGAGAGUUAGCAUUCACCCUCAUGCCACUGUAUGCUCUUGGAGUGGGAAUGUUUGCAGCAUACAAACUUCUUAAGAUGAAGUCACAUGAAGAAAGUCACUCCAAAAAGGAAAAAAGUACAGAAGACAAGGCAAAGGAAACAGAGCAUCAGCUUUUAGAACUGGAGCAACAUCUAGCACAGACAGAGAAAAUGUUAAAUUCCUUAUUGACUCAGUUGGAUCCACUUUCAAACUGUGUCAAUGCUUUAGCUUGUGAACAGAAAGAUGAAAUAAUGACACAGCUCCAAUCAAUUAGACGACUGAUGAAAGAAAGUGGAUUGGAUAAAUCAGAAAACAAGAUGAAAGAUCUUGGACACAUUUGUAAUGAGAAACUUGAAGAUCUCAUUCAGUCAUUUUCUGAACAUUCUCAAGAAAAAGAAAUGAACAACAGAGAAGAUGACUGUAAUGAAGAUUUGCUUGAGGAUAUUGAUAAUGAUUACAAAAUAGAAGAGCAUGAAUUACACAGUGAAUGUGAAAUACAUCAGUUGGAGCCAGAUGUUGUAGAAGAUGAAGAAAUGAUAAACAGAGAUGCCAUUGAAUCUCAAGAAGAGAUGGGACUGAGGAGACGCAAUAGAUAUGAAUGGAAUCUGCAUAUGUAAAACUUCCAAAAGCUUAUGAAUUCUUUUUCUAAUGUUGUAUGCACUUUAAACUGAAAUGAAGUUAUGUGCACUGCUAUAUGCUUUAAAAAGAGGGGUGAAAUGCUGCCUUUGCUUGUAUCUAUGACAAUUCUAUAACAGACUUCAGUGGCAGCAGAAUUUUACUCAGGAUGUUUACAUAUUUUUCUAUUUAUUUUUUCCCUAUAAAAAUAUUUCU